UGAAGACUAUCAAAAAAUCAUUGUUAACGCCAAGCAUGAAAUUAUUCUGGUACGAUCCCGCUCUGAUUUAAAUUCAAUCGUGAGAGAUGUUGCAACUUUUCAAGAAGAAGUUAAAUUUGAUUUAAAAAUUACAAAAGUUGAAUGGUUAGUGCCAUAUGUAACACUAUCGAAUAGAAAUAAAAUGGAAAUGAUGAAAUAUAUACAAAAAGAUCCAGUCAUUUCUAUUGGGUUCAGGACCUGGGAACUCUAUGAGUAUCCACUGCUACCAACAACAAAUCAUCAUAUUUGGACGGUGAAGACAUCAACUCAACUGGAAAAACCUCGCUAUGUUAUUCUUGCUUUUCAAACAAAUAGAAAAAAUGUAUGGCAUGCAGAUGCAGCAAGAUUUGAUCAUUGUAAUAUAACAAAUGUUAAAUUAUAUCUUAACUCACAAAUUUUUCCAUAUGGGAAUUUAAAUCUUGACAUUUCGAAAAAUCAAUUUUCAUUAUUGUAUGAUAUGUAUGCUAAUUUUUCUGAGUCUUAUUAUGGAGCUAAAAUAGAUUUGAUAUCAAAAAAUUCUUUCAUCCAUCAAUCACCAUUAAUUGUAAUUGAUUGUAGUAAACAAAAUGAACUUUUAAAAGCUGGUGCUGUAGAUGUACGUUUAGAAUUUGAAUCUAAAAACAAUUUUCCACAAGGAACUGCAGCUUAUUGUUUAAUUUUACAUGAUAAUAUAAUUGAAUAUAAACCAAUCAGUGGCAUUGUACAUAAAUUAAGUUAAAAUAAUAAAAAUUAAGUUUAAAUUUAAGA